GCAGUAGUCCGCCAUUUUUAUUAUCACCGUUCUCCAGCAGCGACAGCCAGCAGCUUUGCAUUCUCGAGAGCGUCGGUUUGUGCGGCUUCCUUUCGCGUUUCGAGUUUAAAUAUCUGUUCUUUUAAUAGAUGAAUGCAUUCUCCGGAUAAAAACCGACAUUACUGGAACGAUGAAAAUUGUUUAGAGUGACGUGUGAGAAUAACUAGAUUUAUUCGGGUUUGAACUGUUACUAGCUGCAAGCUUCUCUGGUGUCAUCUUUCGCUGCCGUAAGCGAGUGGUGGGAAGAUUUUCCGCGCGUCUUCUCGGGUGUUGUUUUCUUAUUUUGUUUCAAAGAUUAGCUAGUUUGCACCAUUUGCGGAAAAUUAUUGUGCUUUAAUACUGAGUGACAGGUGCGGACCGAAAAAGCAGAUUACCGAAGAUUUUUUCUGUGACCCAUCAAACUAGAAAAUAUAACAAAAUGACAGAUGGUAAAGGAUAUGCUGUUAAUGAUCUCGUUUGGGCAAAGAUGAAGGGUUUCUCCCCCUGGCCAGGCCGUAUUUCACAACCCCCACCAGAGCUGCGUCGCAUAGCAGUAAAGAAAAACAUUCCCGUAAAAUGCAUCUUCUUCUUUGGCUCCAAUAACUAUGCUUGGAUCGAAGAAAGUCAAAUUAAACCAUAUCAGGAAUUCAAGGAAAAACUUCUUUCGUCCUGCAAAUCAGCUGGAUUCAAGGAAGCUGUACAGCAGAUCGAGGAGUACAUUGUGAAUCCGGAGAAGUUCGAGCCACUGUUCUCCACGGAGCAGGAAAAUCGACCCGAUCCGGAUGUCGAGUUUAAUAAGCUUCGCGAAGCACCAGAAGAAACUGUUUCGGAGGAAGUGUCAUUCAAUAAUACCGCGACUCCGACUGCUACCGAAACUGGCAACGCAUCUCCGACAACUCCGGCUACGGGAAAAAAAUCCGCCGCCAAGAAGAAAGUACGUGCUUCGUUGCCCAUCAAAUUAAAUGUGGAUAAGGUGGUUGCAUCCGCGACUAAGGUCCGUUCGAUAGGAGCAAAAGCGAAGGCAGCAGCAAUAGAGGCUGAUAUUAUUAGCAGCACUCCUUCGCCGAAACGCAAGCGAAAAAUGCUGAACGAUUCAGCGGACGUUUCUUCGUUGGAUUUGGAUACUUUUUCACCAGUUCGACGUAACGUACCUGUGUCGCAUCUGCUGAAUCGUCCGGUGACAGUGGCCCGUCCUGCUACACCAGAAAUCGACAUGUCCAGUGUGUCGAAUGCUCUACAAUCGCGCAAUAUUCAAGCGUCAACGCUGAAGUUUGGCUUCCUGGGACUCGGCAUCAUGGGCUGCGGUAUUGUGAAAAAUCUUCUCAACUCCGGACACUCGGUUGUCGUCUGGAACCGGACCGCAACCAAGUGUCGAAAGUUCCAGGAAGCGGGAGCAGAAGUAGCGGAUACUCCUUCGGACGUAAUCGAGAUGACCGAUGUGACCUUCUCUUGUGUAUCUGAUCCGCAAGUGGCCAAAGAUUUGGUUUUCGGUAACUGUGGUGUCAUGUCGGCCAAUCUAGUGGGCAAAGGAUAUGUUGAAAUGACUGGUGUCGACCCGGAAACCUCACAGGACAUUGCCGAACAGAUAAUCUCCAAAGGUGGACGAUAUUUGGAAGCACAAAUUCAGGGUUCGAAAAAUCAAGCCGAAGAGGGUACCCUGAUAAUUCUGGCAGCCGGUGAACGGUUACUGUUCGAAGAAUGUCAGACCUGCUUCGAAGCUAUAUCGCGCAACUCGUUCUACCUGGGGGAUGUCGGCAAUGCAACCAAGAUGAAUCUAGUGCUGCAGACGAUUUCUGGCGUGACACUCGCCGGAAUCGCCGAAGGAUUGGCUUUGGCUGAUCGCGCAGGACUUCAGCAGAAGGAUGUUCUGGAAGUACUUGAACUUACAAAUAUGUCAUCGGAGAUGCUUCUGCAGAAGGGAAAUGCAAUUAUAAAGGGUGAAUUCCCAACGCACCAGCCACUGAAGCACAUGCAGAAGGACCUCAAGCUGGCACUAGCAAUGGCCGAUGGGCUUGAACAGUCGCUACCGAUAACAGCAGCUUCGAACGAGGUGUACAAGCAUGCGAAGCGCCUAGGGUACGGUUCCCACGACGCCAGUGCCGUAUAUGUGCGAGCAAGGUUUUAACAGCGACCAUCCGGAAGGCGCGAAUCCGCAGACUAUGAAAGAGAAUGCAGUGCGCGCGACGAUGACGAGCGAAACCCUGUGUGGAUAAUAUUUUCUUAGUAGUAGUUAUCUUGUUUUCUUUUUGUAGCAAAAAGGAAGCGUUCUUUUUUGUCAAAUCGCAUAGACGGAACCGGUUUUACCGAUGGACUAGGAAUAUACCAACAGACACGACUCGAGAAUCGGUACUCAUUUCAUGGAAAAUAUCUAUUUUUUAUAUUUCACGCAAUGUUUCUUUUGUUGCAAACCACACAUCCGCACGAACGCAUGCGAGUUCACUAACAUUUCAGGAACUAAGAGAAGCACAUAUUUUACAGUAGGAACUUUGAGCGCUAGAAUAUCAGACCGGACGAAAAAUUAAUUCCUCGGAACUGAAGAGGAAACUCGUGUUGCCCAUAUAUUUUAUAUUAGUUUUUAUUGAAUAAAAAUAAUUUCGAUCAGAAGAGUUCAUUUACAGUUUUUACGUUGAUUUCCUAUAUUUGAUUUUUAUUGCAAGAAAAAAAAUGAAAGCUUAUUUACGGCUUUAGAGGAUAAGUAAUUAAUUUAGGUAAUAUUCGUGACAGUCCGGAGGGCAGUAAAUCGUUUUUCGCUCACUUUUCAGAUUAGUUUCCGAGCGAACAAUGUGCAAAAUAUAUAUAUAAAUAUGGUGUCAUUUCUUGUGUAUCCGGUAACUUUACAAUGUAGGCGGCAAUCGCGAAUAAAAAUUAGAGCAAAUAAAAUGAAAACCGGUAAGAAAACAGUCAGGCAAGAAUUUAUAAAAAGCUCCCAUCUGUUUUGUUUAAGUUUAAUUUGUCAACAUACAAAGAAACAAACAAAACGCGUAAUGCGAAUUUCUAUUUUCGUGGAACAAGUGACCGUAAUACAAAAUGUGUUUCAAACUA